AUUUUGAGGUUAGGUUCCACGUCAAAAACCGUCAACACUUAACAAAUUAAUUUUUUUAAUAUAUUUGGAUAAAUAAACAAGAAUGGAUAUAACAUUAUUAUUUAGAGCGUGUGUAAAAACAGUCAGAACAACAAAUAAAUCGUUAGGAAUUAAUAACGAGAAGCCAACAAAUGUUUUAAAAUCAACCCGAAGAGAUAUACAUUUAACUAAAGCUAAAGAAAUCAUAAAAGAAGUCAGUAAUCUUCAACAAUUCCUAUUAGAACAUAAAUUUGCUUAUUUAAAUGUAGUUAAUUACUUAUCCACGAAUAAAACAAUGACAGAAAGUGACCGGGAACAAAUCGAUUCGAAAGCUGAGGAGAUUAUUAAUAAUUGUUCUGGUUUAAUUAUUGAGUGUAAAAAGACUUGGUUAAGGGAUGCUAAAACGCAACAAUUACACGAACAUUAUAGAAAUGUAUUGGAGUCUGUUGAAGUUUAUUUAAAAACUGUUUCAAAAAUGUACACAGAAACGAAAGCGAUUAGAGUUAAAAAAGUUAUUGAAACUCAUAAAUUGUCGAAAUUAGAGAAUGUUAAUAAAAAUAAAAGUAUGGAAGUUAAAGAGAUUAAUAAAAAUUCAAAAGAAAAUCAAACAAAAAAUUCUUUAAAUAGCUCCUCAACAAAUUCUUCAAUCAUUAUUCCUCAAAGUAAUACAAAAACGGAAAAUGUUGAAGAAGAAUUAUCUCCAGAAGAAUUACAAAUGUUUGAAUCGGAAAAUGAGCAUUUAUACAACGAAUUAAACAGCUUAUCAGAUGAGGUUAAAAACAUGGAGAGUAAAGUAGUUCGUAUCGCCGAAUUACAAGAACUUUUUACAGAAAAAGUUUUGGAACAAGAUAAAGAGAUUGAAUUAAUUUCUGCAAGAACUGCUGGAAGUACAGAAGAUAUGAAAGUGGCCAAUGACCAAAUAAGGCAGGCGAUUCAAAGAAAUGCAGGGUUGAGAGUUUGGGUUUUAUUCUUUUUAUUGGUUAUGUCAUUUUCUUUAUUAUUUUUAGAUUGGUAUAAUGAUUAA